AUGCGUGUGACUGUUGCUCGCAGCUGGAGGCUCGGUGAAUGGAACAGAAGAACCAAGACCCAGACUGACAGAAACCGGUUAAAGACAAAUGGACUGAUUGGGGAAAAAACUACAUUUGGACACAUAUACUGUGAGUAUAAUGACUCUGUGCUUCUUCAGUGUUGCUGGAACGGAAAAUAUGUUGUAAAAUGUUAAUCUUGCUUUCAUAAUGAAGGUGUUUUUUUCUGUUGCUGCCUUGCAUUUUGUUUCAAAGUCUAAGAUAUUGCUACUUCAUCCUUUAACUUCACUUAUCAUUUAGUGUAAUCUGCUUUAGUUUUAUUACAUGCAAAUGAAAACUCUCAUCUAGUUUGAGAGCUUCAAACAGAUAACAAAAGACUGGACUGAUUUGGUUGUAAUUCUGUCCAGCAGCACUAAAGCAAACGAGAACAACUUCCCAGGUAAAAUGGACAGGAAAGACCUGCCUGUUGGAUUUCAUAGGACACAGCAGCACAGAGGACCACGUUGCAAUGGUGGAAAAACAUUUUUAAAAGGAGAGAGUAAAAAAGAUGGAAAAAGAAGUAGAUACUUUGUCAGACUUGGAUCCAUCAUUAAGAUUUUGGGGUUCUUAAUGACAAAUUAAAAGAACAACUCUCCUGUCUUAUUUUAUUUUAUUUUUUUUACUUAAGUCCUGAUUUCAAUAAUAAGUGGGGAAAAAAAACUGUGGCCAUUUGCAUGCAACAAAGGUUAUACAAGUCAAUGUGUGCGAUAAAAACCUCUUAAUGAAAUGCUAAACAGUGUAAAUGAUGUGAGUCACACAAAUCCACACCCACGGGCUCUCAGCAUUAUUUGAGUAUAAGCAGCCACAAGCCAGUCAAGCAAUUUAUUGAUUCAUUUCUCCUCAGUCUAAAUGUUCUAGUGUCUGAAAAUGAGGGUUUUUGUGUGUUUCUUCGCUGGUUUAAGCAGCAAUCUAAAACUCAUGGAUUAUGAUUCCCUCAUAAUUUAUGAUCUACUGAUUGAGACCAUAAAUGCCAGGUGACAAUUAAAAAAAACAUUGACAUUUUUCACUUUAGAAAGCAACAACUUUGGCGUGAAGGAGGCACUCACGUUCAAUGCAAUGAUCUACCACUUUUGUGAGGAUUGAUGUCUGAGAAAGAUUUUUUUCUUAGGUUCUAGCGAGAAGUUUUAGCUGGUAAUAGAAUGGACUAAGAUUACCUCUACAAAAGCUAACAACGACAGAAACAGCAAGAAUAUUACAUUUUCUUGUCUAAAUUGGUGCCACAAAGUCAGUGUAAAAUGAGGUCUCUUUACAUUUCCACAGCACAGAUUCUCAAUAAGUGAUUUAUUUUACCGUUGAAAGGCAGAAGGAUGAGAAUCUUACCAGCAAAAAGAUUUAGACUGCAACUUUGUCCACGGGGGGCACCAAAUUCAAACACACUGGCAGUUCUCGUUAUGAAGUUUAAAUUUAGAUAUAGACAUAUUUAGAUAAUAAGUUUCUAGCUGUUUUACAAAUCAUUGUAGGGAAUUUUUUAAAGGGUUGUGAAUCAAACUGAAACUGUAUCCUUGAGGAAGCAAAAAGGAGCCUCAAGGACAACAUAUAGAGCGUCUCCUUGGACAGGGAACAGUCAUGGAGUUUUGUUCAAACUUGGAACAGAGUUAUCAAUAAAAGCUAAAGAUUACCAUCUCUGACAUCCCUGACACUUGCCAUGCCUGAGUAGAAAUCACAACGUCAGAGUUUCCCUAAAUCCAGAUCUUGGACAGUUUUUUCUGAAAGAACCUUGGCUUUCAGUGGCCUACGACUGUUGGCAUGGGGACGUGUGGGGGCAAUAUACAGCACACCGAUUAAACAGCUGUUUUUCACACUCUGACUGCCAAUGUGAAACACUUGAAGGGUUGAUAUGGUAGGAGGACAUUUUUGGUUGGAAAACAUGUUCAGGACGUUAUUUGCAAAUUGAUUAGAAGUACUAUUUUGUCCAUAGGGGGCGCUAAAAUUAACGCAAACUGGCAGGAGUUCCUCAUUGAGGUUUCAAGGCAUUUAGGAUUUAUCAUGUGGGUAUAAAAUCCAAAUUUACAAACUUAUUUUUACUUAUUUUUAUUGAUGCAUGUUUGACUCACUCAGCUUGUUGUGCCCUCAUCUUUUGCAAUAUUCAAUGACACCACUCAGGAAAACUUAACAUCAUCAGCUGAUAAUGUGUAUGGAUAAUAUUGUGGAACUGAAACACAUCAAUCUGCUUUUUCCUCUUUAAAACUUCAUGUUUACUCUCGAGGAAAACGCUCCAGUGGUUUCUGGUGAUGCCUAAAUCAGGAUACCUAAGAUAAUUGAUUUUAUUCUGAAAAUCUCAUUAUUUUUUUAUUCUUCCUUCUUAGAGCAGUGUUGACAUUCUUGCAACGUAUAAUGGGCUCACCUUCAUGGUAACACAUUCACGAUUAACCCUUUAAUCACAAACAAACCCCUUAAGAUCAAAACUAUAUCUUUUGUAUGUUUUUCUGCAACAUGGCCUAUUUUUUCAAAUUCAGGAUUGCAUAAGCAAAAAUAUGUGGCACACUGAGAGGCAAUAAAGGAUCAGGCCUUACAUGGACAUAUUUAGGAUCAUGAAAGCCUGCGUGAUCAGACGAGCAGCUUUCCUUGCAGAGGACCAAUAACUGAUCUUCACAGUACAAAGCUCCGCAGCCUCUUUUCAUGUCACUUUCAUUGAGUGGAGGGCCACAGUGCGAGCUCUAUAAAGUGGUCGAGCCCAUUCAAGGGACUAAAAAGGACAAAGCAGAGCUGGCUGCCUCAGACUCACUACCAAAAUAGGAAUGAAGUGAAAGAGGAUGGGGAGGGGAGGGUGUUAGGAGCAAGAGAGAUUAAGUAGUUUUGAAUCUACUGCUGCAAACAUCAUCUAUUACCUAAAUUAAACCUAUGCAAUCCAGUGACUUCAUCAAACGAAAUAAAGACAGUGGUGGAUGAUUAAGUCUGUUCUAACCUCUGCAAAAGUAAACACAUCUCUGAUUGUAACAGACUGUUGGAGCAACACCUGUGAGAUAGUUCAGGAAGACAACUCAAGCUGCACUAAUUUCUCAUUUGCAUCAUUCCCAUGAUCACUCCUCAAGCGUAUUAUUCUGAUUAAGCCGUCUGUUUAGGCAGAUAUCCAGCCCAAGCCACUGCUCUGAUUUAUGACACUGAUACCAAACUUUUAGCCUCAGCACCUCCCCAGAAUUCUCCUGCAGGCUCUGACAGUAGGAGAUUGUGAGAUUGUCUCAUCACUCCUAAAUUUCUGCAUGUCAAGUAUUUGUACUUUUCAUUGUUUCAUAGAUCUGAAUAUCAACCAGAUUUACCAUGGUGUCAAAGAACCUUUGUGGCAAUGCUGCCUCGUGUGGAGUCUUAAUAUAGUAAACACAGAAUUCUUGUGUUUAUCGGGGCCUGAACAUCGAGUGGUAUUUUCCUUCUGGAUUAAUUUGAGGGCCUUAAAAUACCUGAAAAGUCUGGGAUUUUUGCAGGUUCAUCAAAACUGAUGAAAAGUUUGAUGAGUUAUGGGUUUUAAACGUGGGUGAAAAUUCACUCUGCCCCCCUAAAAAUAAUCAACAGGAAGUCUACCAUUAAAAAAAAACAAAAAAACUGACCAAAAUCUAUGCUUCUCUCUUUGAAGGGAUUCUUAAUAUGAACAUGAGGGAGCUCAUCUAAUCCACCUCAAAGAAGUUUUGCACACAAAAAAGACUUGAACCAAGAACGGCAAUCAAAGGUUUGUGUCAAAGGGCGUAGCUGUGGUAGGCUGCGAAGGUUGGGAGUUUCUUUCUUGUAGUUUCACUAAUAAACAGGAAGUGGUUUCCAUAUUAGCCUCGCAUGCUCAGAUCCAACCCAAACUCAUCAUGUGUAUUGAGGGUUCAGCCAUGAAAACAUUCAGAAAUUUAGUAUUUCACAGACUCUCUCAAAGUCAGAGAGCUGCCUGCUGGCUACAUAAGAUUCUGUGCCCUUAUUCAAGGAGAUGUCAUUUCAAGCUAGAUGAAUAUCUUGGCAUAUUUUCUGCUCAGUUUUCUCUUGACAAGUUGUACUUCAUGUGUAGCAAAAUCUGUUAGUUUUUCCCCUUCUUCUUAAGUGCACCCUUCUUGGAGCGCCUAAAUUUACACCAAAUGCUGUAACCAUGGUGACAUCCUAAUUGCCAUCAAACAGGAAUAACAAUUCGAAAUAAUAGUGUUAAGUAAAUUAUUACUGAUGGGAGACAAGAUGUCAAAAGACUGCAUUCUGCCUGUGUUUGCUCUCCACACACAAUGUUUUUAACAGUUUGUUGAAUCUGCUCAUAGAUAUCAGCGUUUCACUGACUGAAUAAGCGCAGACACUGAAAGUCAGUAUCAGUGUUCGACUGUAGCCAGUAAAACAACAGCUGAGGUUUAAACUGUUCACAUUUCCAUCUCAAACUCUGCCCUCUGUCAUUACUGUGUGCUCACUCUCACAGCUGACAGCAUGGAUAAGGCCGUAUGGAGGAUUGUCCUUGUCUCGCGGGGAGCUCUGCAGUAGGAUGCAUGUCUCCAUCUGGAUCCUCACACAGAUGACUUCCCUCCUCUGCUUCACCAUCCUGUCGAGUCUGGCAGUCUCAUUCCAACUAGGUAAGUCCAUGAAACUCAUUUUGUUUGACAGUGAAGAUAUUAGAUUUCUUUUGAGCCAAUAUAAGCAUCUUCUUGAGUCCUGCAUCUUAACAUCAGUGAGGAGGACCGUUUCCUGUUAAUGCUGUGUGAUCCAGGUUUGGAGGAGGUUUUCUUCAGUCCUGAGGACCAGACAGUCAGAGAGGGAGAGGGAGUUUUCUUCCAGUGUGUGUCAGGGGAGAGUUCAGCUCCUGCAAGUAUCACCUGGCUGAAAGAUGAGAGACAGGUCACAAGAGGAAGACAGAUUCAGGUGAGAUCUUAUGGAGCUUUAGACGGUUUCAUUAUAUGUACAGAAUUGACAAACCUUAUCUAGUCUUAAAAUAACCGUUUCAUUAUAAAAACCAGAAGAGUGUUUUCAUGUUCAGGGUGAGUAUGGAGGCGGGAACCAGAAGAAGACUUCAGGCACUCUUCACCUUUUUAACGUAACAUCAGAGGAUGAUGGGAUAUAUGUUUGUGUCACUCGCAAUCCCGCACUGAAUAUCAGCAAGAAGAGCAGGCCCGCUAAGCUGACGGUGCUGGGUGAGUACAUGAACAUAUCUUUAAAAACUAUCUCUAACUUCUUCAAAAAACGCUGUUCUACUUCCGUGUAACCCAGUUGUUCCUGAGGGAGUUACUCAAGUACCUUUUUUUGCAGUGAAGUGAAUGUCUUACUGUGUCAGCACUCAUCCUUGCAGGGAUCCCUCGAAGACUGCAGAUAGUCCAGGGUCCUAACAACAUCACUGUCGCUACGGGAACAGAGGUCUCCAUGCACUGUGCUGUUCGUGGCUUCCCUGUUCCCAUGGUGCACUGGUUCAAAGACAACAUCCUCCUGACCAACUGCUCGUCCUCGUUCAACCUCCAGAACAAUGGACAGCUGCUCACAUUCAGGUGCAGCGCAGCGCUGAACAGGAGGAAUAUUAAUUUAUGAUUGUUCAUUUUUUUUGACGUAUUGAGAAAACAAGAACCAUAAAAAUGAUCCUUUGCUGGAAAAAGGUUCAGAAACAUUUGAUUAGAUACGUUGUUUAUUGCUCAGUUGGGUCCACACUGUUUGGAGACUAAAUUAAGCACUUUAAUAAUCCUAUCAGACAGAAUUUAAACUCACAUUUCCAAUAUUUCUUCAGAAAUGUGACCAAAGAGGACGAGGGUUUGUAUCACUGUGAAGCCUCAAACCAGGACGAGUUGAUCAGGUCACAGACAGCCUUUCUUCUCCCAGCAGGUAAUGUGGGGAAACAUUUGCAGGAAUCUUUACUUUAUGUUGACUCAACUUUUCAUUGGCUGUCAUUUAUUCCCUCAUCCCAACUUGGCUGAUUCUGUGAAAGUGAUCAACUGUGAAAGCUACAAAGACACGAGACAGCACUCAUAUUUUCACUGACACACCUUUUGUUUCCAGAGAUGGACUGGAGUUUUGUGCAGCAGCCCACAAACCAGGCUGUGAAGAGAGGAGACAAUGUAACUGUCACCUGCAGGCCACCGUACAGCAGGCCAGCAGCUCAGGUAUCCUGGUUCAAAAACAACAAACUUUUUACACCAACAAGCCAUGUGAGCAUGCUGCCUGAUGGAGACCUCUUCUUCCAAAGGUAUAAGUGUAUGCCUGCUUUGUGUUUAGAGACAUGCAGUGUGUGACGUUUUGAAAUUUCUGAAUUUACUACAUUUUGCAUUUGCGUGUGCAAAAGUAGGCAAACAUUGUUUCUACAUCAUUCUUGUGUCUUAUUAUCUGUAUCAGUGUCCGAGAAAAUGACAGUGGGAGCUACUUCUGCAGAGCCUCGAAUGUUCACCUCCAAAGAUUUCUCACCUCCAGAAGAGCCACUCUGACUGUGCUGGGUAUGACCCCUCUACAGAUCUAUCAUACUGAACUGUAGCUCUGGAUGCUCAAAAGGUUUGUUGUGUCUCUCUUCUUCUCUUGGCAGCCCCUCCAUCAGUGACAGUCUGGCCCCAGGUGUUGACAGUGCCCACUGGUGCUCGGGUAGUGCUGGAGUGUCAGGUGCAGGGUCACCCGCUCCCCUCUAUCAGCUGGGUCAAGAGAGGUCACUCCAAACAGACUGGAGGCAGGAUUUCUUUAGGGCGAGUUUAUGUUUACUCUAUAUAACGAAAAAAUGGUUGAUUAUUUUUUUUAGUAACUUCUUUUCAAUAACCUUUUGCAUGUUCCUCACACAGGCUGAGAAAUGCAACUCUCCUUAUUCAGUCAGCAAGGAGCUACGAUGAGGGAGUGUAUGUGUGCGAGGCAGCUAACUCUCUGGGUAAAAGCCACAGUGCAGCAACACUGAGAGUUGCUGGUAAGUUUUUUUUUUUUUGCUUUUUUAAAUACUUCAAAAAGAACCACAAAACUAGGAUCCAGUUUUAGUCAGAAAAUAUAUUUGGGACUUUUACUUGGUGAUAAUUUGCAAAGCAUCUGAGUACUGUCUCAAAGUUUUACCAAGAGGAAUAUAAAGAGGCCAAAAUGAGUUUGAAAACUCCAACUGAGUACAGUUAUCUUUCAGAUUACGCUUUAAAAACAUCUCUUUAAUCUAUUUUCAUCUUGUUGCACAUAAGGCAGUGGUUCUCAAUCCAGUCCUCGAGUCCCCCCUGUCCUGCAUGUUUUGGAUGUUUCCCUGCUCCAACACACCUGAUUCAAAUGAUCAGCUCGUUAUCAAGCUCUGUAAUGGCUUAAUAACGAGCUGAUCAUUUGAAUCAGGUGUGUUGGAGCAGGGAAACAUCCAAAACAUGCAGGACAGUGGGCCUUGAGGACUGGACUUGAGAACCACUGACAUAAGGUGAGAUGUUUUUCUUGUAGUGAAAUACAGAUUAUGACUCCAUUUCUCUAUAUUGUCCUCACAGUGAGUCCCAUCAUAGUGACCUUUGUAGCUCAGGUGAGCUGCAUGGUUGGAGCGUCAGCAGUGCUGCCCUGCAGGGCUGUAGGGAUCCUGCCUAUAAUGUACACAUGGACCAAGGGCAGAGCAGACACACAGCCACCCAUCAUCAACACUGACGGCAGACACACUGACAGUGAGUGUUAAAAACGACUUAAAGAAGUUUUUCCUUAAGGUUUUUAUUGAAAGCAAUUUUUAGAAAUUUUAAUGUAUAUGUGCGGAAAUUUGAUGAGAAUAUGUUCCAGCUUCCUAAGACUAAAGCGUUGUUGUCCUUUCGCCCCUGAAAGAAGACGGAGCCCUACAUAUUUCCAGUGUGCAGUAUUCUGAUGCAGGGGAAUACUACUGCACAGCUGAGAACCGAGCAGGACGACACCAGAGACGCUUUGUCCUCGUCGUCACAGGUAUUUAAACAUCAGCCCAUCGAUUGUAGUUUUCAUCACUGUUUUCCUCUCCUGUAGCAGAGUGACGAGAUGUUUCCAUGACCCAAUACACACAAGUUUCUGACUUUCUUUUAUGGUGCCCUCUGUCCAAAGCUGAACACCGUCCAGCUGAUAGAGACAAGCAGACAAGGCUGGUUUUGUCUGCUGUGAGUAAUGAAGUUGUUUCAAUCUCUGCUGUGGUUUAUGUUGCAACUCUUUUUGGCUCUCAGACAGCUUACAGACAUGGUUUAUCAUUUCCUUGUGAUGCUUUUCCCUCGCAAAGAUGCUUCUUGGUUUGAUCUGUGUGCAGUCUUUGCUGCUCAGUAUGCAGUGAGUGUCAGUGUGUUUCAGUGUCAGCAGGUAACAGCACUGCUCUUCUGUAUUUGGCCUGUUGUGUGUGAACCUGUUCUUUGACUUGAUUUCUGCUCCUGACAAAAGUCUGUCUGAAACUAAGAGUCUCUGUUGGCAUGUUUUCUAGAGGAGCAACUUUAGCAAGGAACAAGCUGUCUCUCAGUCCCGGGACCCUGCGGCUAAGAAACAUGAUAAUCAAACACAACAUCCACAUGAACUGGCACAGCAUGAUGUGACAUGUAAGUACAUGCAGAAGAAAAUCACUGCUGAAAGUAACACUUGUAGCCUUCAGAUACUCUUGCAAAGAGGAAAAUAUUACCGCACCCAUACCAAGGGAUGUCUUUAAGCCAUGUUGCUGUGUUUCACGAUGGAGUCAUGAUUUUUAGAAAGAAAAAAGUUAAGUAAAAGUUUGAAAAAUCAUGCUUUAAAGCAAAAAACAGGGGAUGGAUGAAACCAGAAAGGGUUAAAGUAAGGAGAACAAGGGUCUAAAGGUUCAGGCUUAAGCAGCAGCCUUAGCAAAUCAAACAAUCUUGGUGGGAAAAUUGGCCGCUACUUAUGAUGAGUGAGGAUGUACAGGGGGCUAGGAAGGUCAGGUGUUGAAAACAGAGAAACCACGAUUACUGCAGGGCAGGAGAUAUACAGAUUAUAAGAGAGUGUUGACUGUUUCUUGUUUUUCAGGCUCCUCAUCAGGCUGUGAUGUUUCAACAAACACAACCACCACAUUUCCUUCCUUUCCAGAAGGAGCAGUGGCUGAGCUCAAGAUGUCACCUUCACUUGGACGCCUUAUACAGCAACAGCGCAGUCAACCAACAACCCAACCAACCCAGCCUCUUGUCACUCAGAUGCAGCCCCCAGUGUUACCACCUCCUCCUCACACAAACUUUCACUCAGUGGAUCUUCAAUCUCAUCUGACAGCGACUGGUCACCCUCUUUUAAUUUCCACUGAACCAACAAUGACACAGCCCCAGACAGCAGUUACGAUCAUCGAAGUUUUGGGUACAACCUUUCAGUAUUCACACUCUGCAAGUCAGUCCCGUUUGACAUCAAUGCCCUCAAAUGUGCAAUUUCAGCAUCAAGUCAGCACCAAAGUUUUGAUAGAGUCUAAUUCUAAAGGGCUGGAUACCCAUACUGUCACUGGGACGUCUGCUUUUCAUUUACCAUCAAAGCUUCCCUUUAGAGCACCUAUUGGCUCUCUGGACAUGGAGUUGGUUUCAUAUUCGCCUUCGCCAUCAGAGAGUCCUGCCACACAAACUACGACCCACUUCAGCUCACUCACCCCGUCUUCUGAUCAUCAACUCUCUCUUACUAGAAAUGUAGUCCCCAAGUUCCAGCUGGAGUUAACAACAUCCCAGCAUUAUCUGCCUCCUACACAAGCUACGACCUCUCCACUCACAAAGCCUCAGGAGUCCCAAGUUAACGAUGAAUCUUCAUCUGGACAGCUUGAACCAGCUUCAACCAAAUCUACUCUUUCCCAAACACAAAAUCCAAACCUCCACUCACAAGCCCCCCAACUUCAGACAGAAACGUCUCCAGUACAACAGUGGACCUAUUUUGUAACCCCUCCUACAAUCUCAGCCACUAAUCCUCCUGAUCAAACCUCCAAUGCCAAUGUCCCCUUAUCACUGGACCCUGAGAUUCCUCUUGGCCAUCAGGUCAACACCACUGAUCAGGUGCAAGUGAAUACAAGCAAGCAGGGUGAACCAGAUCAGUCAGCGAAAUCAGAAAACGAGACGAAGCUCACAGAGUGGCUGAAGAGAAAUACCUCCCAGUCACCGAUGACCAGCAACGAUCCAAGGUUGGUACAGACAGAAUGGAUGAAGAAUGGUGACAGAAAUGUGGGUGUUAUAGAUUACAGCUGUUGUGUUUUGCAAUCCAGAGUGACUCAGCAGGCUCCAUCAUGGCUGCCCGUGCUGGAGAAGCAUGACAUCCCCAUCGUGGUGGGAGUGGGCGUAUCUCUGGCCUUCAUCUUCAUCACUGUUACCUUCUAUUCAGUGGUCCAGAAGAAUGAACCAGCACCAACAAGCCGAGCAGGUCAGAGAGCCUCAGUUCAGCAAUGGCAGUACAACUUAUUCACAUUUACUCCUUUAGGAAUAGUUACAAAAGAGAGAGAUACAAGAGAUACAAAGGUGGAGUAACUCUUCUUUCAACUUGACUAAAAUUUUAAAUAAUUCUUUAUGAACCUGCCAACAUGUCCUUGACAGCUCAGAGGAAUCUAGGAGUUCCAAUGCGUCAUGCAGAUCGCCGAGCAGGAGGACGAACGUAUGAAAACAGGUAUUUAAUUACUUCUAUAUGAGACGUAAAUAAAAAGCAAGGUCUUAAAAUUCAUCUUUUUCCAGCAGAAAAAUCAUCUUCAGAUAUUUCUCACAUAGGGCUUUUGAAGACGAUGAGUGUGUGGCUGUGAUUGAGCAGAGUCCCAACACAGCCGACACUCGAGCUCAACCUCCAGGACCAAACCUGGUCACAGUGCAGAUGGAGCCCACAUUUGAAGAUACUCAGGAGGAUAUGUCACCUGCUCUGGACAACCACUCGAUCACUGUGGAGACUUACCCCGAGCCCAUUCUUGACACAAAGGUUUGACGACACAGAGAUUCAUGACAGGGUUAAAAAUAAUCCAAGGAGUUUUUUGGACACGGUGCAAACUUUGGAGUAGUUUUUGGGAGCUUUGGUGCUCUUUGCACAAACAGACUGAAGUAACAAGGUCACACUUAAAUAGAACAUUUAGGUCAAUCUUUGUUAAGUUACGAAUGAUGUAGCAGUAAAAAUCACUAACAAUAGAUUAGUUAUAGCCCACUGGAGGCCUGAUGUCAGUUAAAAGUUUAACAUGGAAAUACAGUGUAGUCUUUGGUUAAAGAAAUUUAACUAAAUACUUUUCUUUCUUUCUUUCUUUCUUUCUUUCAUCUUAUACUUUAAGGGAAAAAAACAUCAAGCAAAAAUAAUACAUAUGUGCAUCAAACAACUGUAGCUUCUCACUGGCAAUACAAGGGUAAUAUCAAACUAUAAAUUAGCUAUUGUACUUAAUGGCUGAUACAGAAUGCAAAGAAAUAAUAAUAAUAAUAAUAAUAAUAAUAAUAACUUUAUUUGUAUAGCACUUUUAAAAAACAGAAGUUCACAAAGUGCUUUGACAUAUAGUCAUAGAGCACAUGGAAAAAGACAGAUAAAAACAAAAGCUCAGUAAAAACGGAAUUGAAGGCCAUUUUCAUGUCAUAAGGAACCCAGACAAUACAAGAACCAUAUAUGAGACCAUGAGGACCAAAAUAAAAACAUAAAAUAGUUAAGAGAAAAGGAAAUGCAAUUAAAAGGGGGGACAAAAGUGGAAACAGGAUAGUAAUUAUAAAAGGCAAUAUCAACAAUGAUAUUAAGAUAAUAACAGGUAAUCCUGAUAAUAAUAGUAAUGACAAAAUAGAGCAACAGAUAUGAGCAAGAGAUAAAACAAUAAAAAGGCCUAAAAUGUUAUUUAAGAAAAGAGUACAAGUUUAACAAAAGCUAAAAAGACAUAAGAUAGAUAAAGCCUAAAUAAGAUAGAGAUAAAAGAGAUAAGGGAUGACAGAUAAAAGAUAAGAGAUAAAAGAUGGCAUCACAUAAAAGCAAGUCUGUAAAAGUGAGUUUUUAAAUUUGACUUAAAAGAAGUGACUGUCUCUGCACACCUUAUCUCUGGCAGGUUGUUCCAAAGUCGAGGAGCUCUGAUGGAGAAAGCUCUAUCACUUUUAGUUUCGAGCCUCGACUUUGGAACGACCAGGAGGCCUUCGCCAGAGGAUCUGAGGCUGUGAGUUGGCUCAUAAGGUAUUAAAACUCACAGGUAUUCACCCUGUACCUCACAGGGAAUUUAGAUACAAACUAUAUUUAUGAUGAUAUAAGUCAAUACAAACAAACAUAAGGGUGAAGCAUCAUGGGUAAUGUAGUCCAACUGUCCACCAUAGGCCUUUAAAUAACAACAUGUUCGCUAAAAUGUCUUCUUGUGGUUCAGAUUAAGGUGGUGAAAGCUGUCUGUAGAUAUUUUGACUUGUCUCUACUAAAUUGUUGCUCACAGCUGCUUUCUUUUCUACGUCAGAUUGACCCGUCUCUAGAAGAGGAGAAAGGCUGCAGCAUGUCCCAGCCCAGCAUCCAGCUGCAGUGUGCUGAGGACUGGACCAGUAACAGAGGUGACAACCACAGCCCAUGUCAGGAUGCUUUACCUCCUCCAUCAUCCUUACCCUCCCGUUCACCCUCCCCUUCCCCACCGUCCAGACCUGAGGUGGGUCUGCGCUCCUCACUAACCCUGCAAAGCGCUGAGUCAUGUGGAGCCCCCAUCCACCACAGCCUCAGCAUCUCUCAGGGAAACCCUCCUCUGCUCCUCUCUCACCACGUCUCCCUGGGCCUUACUACAGUGGCAGUGGAUGUCCAUUUUUACCCAGCAGCCACUGCUUCAAUGGCAGUUGGCAUGAGUACUAGUACUAAUUCCACUUCAGUGACUGCACCUCUGUUUGGUCCAACAUUAGCUAACAGUCAGGAGAGCGAGCAAUCCACUGCUAGAUUUAAAUAG